AUGGCCUGUUGCACCACUAGCUUUUGUGGAUUUCCCAGCUGCUCUACCGGUGGGACCUGUGGCUCCAGCUGCUGCCGGCCAAGCUGCUGCCAGACCAGCUGCUGCCAGCCAACCUGCUGUCAGACCAGCUGCUGCGGGACAGGCUGUGGGACUGGCUGCGGGACGGGCUGCGGGACCGGCUGUGGCAUCGGCUGUGGCCGGGAGGGUGGCUGUGGAGCUGUGAGCUGUCGCACCAGGUGGUGCCGCCCUGACUGCCGCGUGGAGGACACCUGCCUGCCCCCCUGCUGUGUGGUGAGCUGCACACCACCAACCUGCUGCCAGCUGCACCAUGCCCAGGCCUCCUGCUGCCGCCCAUCCUACUGUGGACAGUCCUGCUGCCGCCCAGCCUGCUGCUGCUACUGCUGCGAGCCCACCUGCUGUGAGCCUACUUGCUGCCAGCCCACCUGCUGUGAGCCCACCUGCUAA